AGAGUUGGAUGGUCUCUGCUUCCUGGAGACUUCCUCUUGCUGGAAUACAAUUCCCGAUUAAAGGAGAGCUGCUCUCUUGUAAUGCGCUGUAAAAAAAUCCACUGCGUUUGUUCUUAACAUUGGGCUCCGCCUGUGACACAGCUGAGAGGCUUCCUAGCAAGUCCAUCACCUCUCCUGGAUCUUUUGCUCCCUGGAAAGCCUUCUCUCUUCACUGGCUUGCUUCACAGCUUUGUUUGCUUGGAGUUAUAUUCCACAGACAUCUCUGAAUGUGGAAGUGAACAAUGCCAAGAGCCAAGGGACUGUUAUGGUUUCCAUUGCUCUGCACCCCAGUGUGCGUCAUGUUGAACUCCAAUGUUCUUCUGUGGAUAACUGCUCUUGCCAUUAAGUUCACACUCAUUGACAGCCAGGCAAAGUAUCCAGUCAUCAACACAAAUUAUGGCAAAAUCCGGGGCCUAAGAAUACCAUUGCCCAAUGAGAUUUUGGGUCCAGUUGAGCAAUACUUGGGGGUCCCUUAUGCCUCACCUCCCACUGGAGAGAGACGGUUUCAGCCCCCAGAACCCCCAUCUUCAUGGACUGGGGUUCGAAAUGCCACCCAGUUUGCUGCUGUGUGCCCCCAAAACCUGGAUGAGAGGUCUCUAUUACACGAUAUGCUGCCCAUAUGGUUUACUGCUAAUUUGGAUACUUUAAUGAAUUAUGUGCAAGAUCAAAAUGAAGAUUGCCUUUACUUAAACAUCUAUGUGCCCACAGAGGAUGGAGCCAACACAAAGAAAAAUGCAGAUGGUAUAACAAGUAAAGACCGUGGUGAAGAUGAAGACACCCAUGAUCAGAACAGUAAGAAGCCAGUUAUGGUCUAUAUCCACGGCGGAUCUUAUAUGGAGGGUACCGGCAAUAUGAUUGACGGCAGCAUUCUGGCAAGCUAUGGGAACGUCAUCGUGAUAACUAUUAACUACCGGCUGGGGAUUUUAGGGUUUUUGAGUACUGGUGACCAGGCAGCUAAAGGCAACUAUGGACUCCUGGAUCAAAUCCAAGCGCUACGGUGGAUCGAGGAGAACGUUGGAGCCUUUGGUGGGGAUCCCAAGAGGGUGACCAUCUUUGGCUCUGGGGCGGGAGCCUCUUGUGUCAGUCUCUUGACCUUGUCCCACUAUUCAGAAGGUCUGUUCCAGAAGGCGAUCAUCCAGAGUGGGACUGCCUUGUCCAGCUGGGCAGUGAACUAUCAGCCUGCCAAGUACACUAGGAUAUUGGCAGAUAGAGUUGGCUGCAACAUGCUGGAUACCACGGACAUGGUAGAAUGCCUUCAGAAUAAGAACUACAAAGAGCUUAUUCAGCAGACCAUCACCCCAGCUACGUACCACAUUUCCUUUGGUCCUGUUAUCGAUGGGGAUGUCAUUCCAGACGACCCUCAGAUUCUGAUGGAGCAGGGGGAAUUCCUUAAUUAUGACAUCAUGCUUGGCAUCAACCAGGGGGAAGGCUUGAAGUUUGUUGACGGCAUUGUAGACAAUGAAGAUGGCGUGACGCCCAAUGACUUUGACUUCUCUGUGUCCAACUUUGUGGACAACCUUUAUGGCUAUCCAGAGGGGAAAGACACCUUGAGGGAGACUAUCAAAUUCAUGUACACAGACUGGGCAGAUAAGGAAAAUCCCGAAACUCGACGGAAAACUCUGGUAGCUCUCUUUACUGAUCACCAGUGGGUGGCCCCUGCUGUGGCCACAGCUGACCUGCACGCUCAGUAUGGGUCUCCAACAUAUUUCUAUGCCUUCUACCACCACUGCCAAAGUGAAAUGAAGCCCAGCUGGGCAGACUCAGCCCAUGGCGAUGAAGUACCCUAUGUCUUUGGGAUCCCCAUGAUUGGCCCUACUGAACUUUUCAGCUGUAACUUCUCUAAGAAUGAUGUCAUGCUCAGUGCAGUGGUCAUGACAUACUGGACAAAUUUUGCCAAAACUGGUGACCCUAAUCAGCCAGUUCCUCAGGAUACCAAGUUCAUUCACACAAAACCCAAUCGCUUUGAGGAAGUGGCCUGGUCCAAGUAUAACCCCAAAGACCAGCUAUAUCUGCAUAUUGGCCUGAAACCGAGAGUGAGGGAUCACUAUCGAGCUACAAAAGUGGCUUUCUGGUUAGAACUUGUCCCUCACUUGCACAACUUGAAUGAGAUAUUCCAAUAUGUUUCAACAACCACAAAGGUCCCUCCUCCUGACAUGACCUCCUUUCCCUAUGGAAACCGGAGAUCUCCUGCCAAGAUAUGGCCAACAACCAAACGCCCAGCAAUCACUCCUGCUAACAAUCCCAAACACUCCAAGGACCCUCAUAAAACAGGGCCGGAAGACACAACUGUCCUCAUCGAAACCAAACGGGAUUAUUCCACUGAAUUAAGUGUCACCAUCGCCGUAGGGGCAUCGUUACUCUUCCUCAACAUUUUGGCAUUUGCUGCGCUGUACUACAAGAAGGACAAGAGACGCCAUGAGACUCACAGGCGUCCCAGUCCCCAGAGAAAUACAACGAAUGACCUUGCUCACAUCCAGAAUGAAGAGAUCAUGUCACUGCAGAUGAAACAGCUGGAGCACGAUCAAGAGUGUGAAUCCCUCCAAGCUCAUGACACACUGAGGCUCACCUGUCCACCAGACUACACUCUUACACUGCGCAGGUCCCCAGAUGACAUCCCACUUAUGACACCAAACACCAUCACCAUGAUUCCAAACACACUGACGGGGAUGCAGCCUUUGCAUGCUUUCAAUACCUUCAGUGGAGGGCAAAACAGUACAAAUUUACCCCAUGGACAUUCAACCACUAGAGUAUAG